UGCACCGGCAGUCCGCGGGAAACCAAAAUGGCGAAGGGCUGUAGUGAAGUGGGCUCUGUUUGAGGCCGGUAUAAGAACGCUCACUUUACCCCCAACCCUCAUCCCCAGGACCUCUGUGCGUUUGUAUGUGCGGGGUGUCCGGUGGGGCGGGUGCCCAGUAAGAGAUCGAACUCGAAGGGGAGGCGCCCACGGGGACGUGAUUGGUUGUUUUUUCCUGUAUGAAGCGGCUGGCACCACUGAAGUGACCGAAUGAGAGACUCCACAGGAGCAGGAAAUUCACUGGUCCACAAGCGGUCUCCUUUACGUCGAAACCAAAAGACCCCAACAUCCUUGACCAAGCUGUCUUUACAGGAUGGACAUAAAGUCAAAAAGCCAGCAUGUAAAUUUGAAGAGGGUCAGGAUGUCCUAGCUAGAUGGUCAGAUGGCUUGUUUUAUCUUGGAACUAUCAAAAAGAUAAACAUAUUGAAACAGAGCUGCUUCAUCAUAUUUGAAGACAGUUCUAAAUCCUGGGUUCUCUGGAAGGACAUUCAAACAGGAGCCUCUGGAAGUGGGGAAAUGGUCUGUACAAUAUGUCAAGAAGAGUAUUCAGAAGCUCCCAAUGAAAUGGUUAUAUGUGAUAAGUGUGGCCAAGGUUAUCACCAGUUGUGUCACACACCUCAUAUUGAUUCCAGUGUGAUUGACUCAGACGAGAAAUGGCUCUGUCGGCAGUGUGUUUUUGCAACGACAACCAAGAGGGGUGGUGCGCUUAAAAAAGGACCAAAUGCCAAAGCAUUGCAAGUCAUGAAGCAGACGUUACCCUAUAGCGUCGCAGACCUUGAAUGGGAUGCAGGUCAUAAAACCAACAUCCAGCAAUGUUACUGCUACUGUGGAGGCCCUGGAGACUGGUAUUUAAAGAUGCUACAAUGCUGCAAAUGUAAGCAGUGGUUUCAUGAGGCUUGUGUGCAAUGCCUUCAAAAGCCAAUGCUAUUUGGAGACAGGUUUUAUACAUUUAUUUGCUCUGUCUGCAGUUCUGGACCAGAAUACCUCAAACGUCUACCAUUACAGUGGGUAGAUAUAGCACACCUAUGCCUUUACAACCUAAGUGUUAUUCACAAAAAGAAAUACUUUGAUUCUGAACUUGAACUUAUGACAUACAUUAAUGAAAACUGGGAUAGAUUGCAUCCUGGAGAGCUGGCAGACACACCAAAAUCUGAAAGAUAUGAGCAUGUUCUGGAGGCAUUAAAUGAUUACAAGACCAUGUUUAUGUCUGGGAAAGAAAUAAAGAAGAAGAAGCAUUUGUUUGGGUUGCGAAUUCGUGUUCCUCCUGUGCCACCAAAUGUGGCUUUCAAAGCAGAGAAAGAACCUGAAGGAACAUCCCAUGAAUUUAAAAUUAAAGGCAGAAAGGCAUCCAAACCUAUAUCUGAUUCAAGGGAAGUAAGCAAUGGCAUAGAAAAAAAAGGAAAAAAGAAAUCUGUAGGUCGUCCACCAGGCCCAUAUACAAGAAAAAUGAUUCAGAAAACUGCUGAGCCACCUUUGGAUAAAGAAUCAAUUUCAGAGAAUACUACCUUGGAUUUACCUUGUUCUAUAGGGAGAACUGAGGGAACUGCACAUUCAUCUAAUACCUCAGAUGUGGAUUUCACGGGUGCUUCCAGUGCAAAAGAAACUACCUCGUCUACCAUUCCCAGGCAUUAUGGAUUAUCUGACUCCAGAAAAAGAACUCGUACAGGAAGAUCUUGGCCUGCUGCAAUACCACAUUUACGGAGGAGAAGGGGUCGUCUUCCAAGAAGAGCACUCCAGGCUCAGAACUCAGAAAUUGUAAAAGAUGAUGAAGGCAAAGAAGAUUACCAGUUUGAUGAACUCAACACAGAGAUUUUGAAUAACUUAGCAGAUCAGGAGUUACAACUCAAUCAUCUAAAAAACUCCAUUACCAGUUAUUUUGGUGCUGCAGGUAGAAUAGCAUGUGGUGAAAAAUACCGAGUUUUGGCUCGUCGGGUGACACUUGAUGGAAAGGUGCAGUACCUUGUGGAAUGGGAAGGAGCAACUGCAUCCUGACUGUAGGACUGAACAUUAUGUUCACUGCACUCAUUUUCUGUAGGUACAGUUCAAAGAAAUGUAAAGGAGUCUGACUUUUACUAUCUUUCUUAAAAAAAAAAAAAGUCAAAAAAAUUCACAAAAGGAGAUGAUUCUAGCCUUAACAUGUACCUGUCAAUGUUAUGGAUAUUGUCAUAAAAAGAUAUCUUUUAAAAAUCAGAACAGAGACUUAAUUUUUUAAAUCUUAAGAUUUGUAGAAUGUUUCUAGGAUAGGAUAUUAAAAAUGAUUCAAACCCAUGCAUGGUGUUAGAUACUUUUUCUAAUUACUCGAUUGAGUCAGUUUUUGUGAUUAGUGGUUAUCAGAGCAAACAAAUUAUGUAGAUAGAUAGCACAAGUAUUUGGAAAACACUGUCUGUUUUGUUACCAAAUGUUGGAAAAAUUUAUUUCAAUACCUUUCAGAUUUCAUAAAGUGCAGUGUAUAUAAUGCCUACUAAAAGACUGUAAAAUAUUGAAAUUUUCUUUCAAGCAAAGUGUAAAAAAUAUAUUGAGCCUGUAAAUUGCUCUGUGACUAGACUUCAUUGUCGUCUUAAUAUAUUCUUUGCAUGUACAUAUAUAUACACAUGAGUGUAUAUAUAUGUGUGUGAUUAUGUGACCUAUGCAAUACAGAUUAUGGGAAUGGGCAGCUUUGGAGUAUAUAUCCCAUAAUUCUUUUUCAGGAAUAGUUGCAGUAUUUACACAGCAGCAUUUCUUCUCAGGCUUUUAUUGGGUGCUGUUGCUUGCUAUGUAUGAAGAGAAAUGUGUCAAACAAGUUUAGCGUGUUCUGAAGAAGGGUGUGAACAACAGUGUUCAUGGGCUUUUAGAAUGCUUUUCACUUUCAGUCCUUGUAACUCAGCUGUUCAGUACCUAAAACAAAUUCAAGUAAUAGAAACAUUAUCUCCUACUAGAAGUAACGUUUUCAAGUUUUCAUGGCACAUUAUGAUUGUAAAUGUCUCUUAAUUUUAACAGUAAGUCUAUAGGAGUCCAAUGAAGACUCCUGAAAUGUCUGUAGUAACUGUUAGUCAUGUUGAAUAAGUGUAGUAUGAACAAAGUAUUUUAUUGCACAGGGUUAACAAACAGUAUAUUGCCUGCCAAGGCUACUGCUGUUUUAUUACAACAUUACCUCUUGUUUUUAUAAAAUGUACCAAGAUUUAAAUUGAUAACUUUAUUUUACAUGUAAAAAAAAACUUUCUUUUAUCACCAGUGUUAGAGUUGUCUUCUGUUUCUUUUUGUUUUGUUUUGUUUGUUUUCUUUUUUAGCCAAAGAGUAAACAGAAGAAUAUUCUUAUUUUGGUGGCUGUUCAUUUUACUCUUAAAAGUGAUUGGUGGAUUUUAGCCUAAAAAUUGGGGAAUUUGCCACCAAAAUGAAAAAUAUGUAAAGUGUAGUGAUUGCAGAGCCGUAAAAAUGUGGGUUAGUACUUAUUUAUUCCAUUGAUUGAUUAUUUGACUGUUUAUAAAGAAAGUUGCUUUAUUUCUUUAAACAUCUUCAAAAGAUGACCUUUUCUUGUCACAUUAUAGCCAAAAGAAGCAGAGAACUUUGUAGUCCUGCAUUUGGUUCCUGGGUUGGCCAGGUAUAAAUGAGCUUUACAAAAGUGCAAAUUAAAAACUGUCACUUCUGUUUACCUCCACCAAAACUUGAUUUUCCCCUAGCUAUUAAUUUAAAGUUGCCUUUUCUGCAGCUGCAAUAUUUUGAAUAACACACAGAGUUUGUGUUGAUUUUGAAUGUUUGUUUAUAUCUAGGGGUAAUGGAAAUUGUAAAUCCCGUGUAACCUUAUUCACUCCACUUGUAUCAUAUUAUUUCAUUUUCCCCAAAGUCCUUUAAUUCUAACUGAACACCAGCAGUAUUUUUAGUAUCUCUUUCUUUAGUAUACUUGGAAGAUGGUUUAUUAAGCUGAAGUGUCUUUUAGACGUAAUUAUUGUGAAUGUCUGUUUUAUUUUAUCAUGGUGGUUCACAUGGCUCUGAUGUUCAGUUUGUAUUUUUGGAAUUGCUUUACUUAGAAUUAAAACAGACCAACAUUAAAUGUG